AUGAUAACAACAUGGUCACCAAAUUCUGACGACAUUGAAGACAAAAAAAACAUCGAUUUAUUAUAUGAUUUAUGUAAGAAAAAUGAAGUCGAAAAAAUUCGAAAAAUAAUACCAUUUAUUGGCAACAAAAACAUUAUAAAUCAAAUUCAAACUUCGACUGGUUCAACAUGCUUACAUGUGGCAUGCUAUUAUGGACAUCGAGAUGUGGUAGAGAUUCUAUUAAACUAUGGCGCUCUACGCUCGAUAAGAAAUUUAAGGCAUGAUUUAACACCCUAUGAAGAAGCUCAUACAGAUAGUAUAAAACAGUUGUUUCUCGAACAACGAAAAUUAUUUUCCAACAAUGAUUAUGAUUACAUUCAAUGGUCCCUAGUCGGAGACGAUCUUCUUGAUAAGAGACGCAGUUUUCGUCAAAUUAUCGAUGUGUAUAAAACCUAUGACAAUCAUACUCUAAUAUCAAAACUAAUUGCUGAAUUUAUUCAUUACUAUUUAAAUGACUAUCUGUUGAAUCUCAGCAGUGACACUGGCAACCCGGAAGAUCGAAUGACUCCUGAUCAGAUCAAAACUCUUGAAGAUUGUUUUAGAAAUGCCAUCGAAAAAAAGGAUUAUUUAACAUAUUUUAUCGAAGCGUAUACAUUAAACAGUGGUUUUCACAAGGUAUUAAACAGACACUUGGCUAUGUAUAUACUAGACUAUUUUGAUGAAUCGAAACUUUUCCUACCAACAUAUCGUCUUGUUAAUUGUCUUGCUCAUAUUGUCACACUUUUAAUUCAUCAUCCGGAUGUAUCUCGAUAUCAAUACCGAGGUUCAUGUUAUCGUGGUAUGCGAAUAACACAAAAUGAUUUGAAUCAAUACCAGUUAAAUCAGCAUAUGCUCAAUUGUUCGUUUCUAUCAACAUCUACCGAUCGUGGAGUAGCGGAAAUGUUUGCUGGCGAAGGAGAACAGUCGAAUAUGAGACAUACUCCCAAAGGUGAUAGAGCAUUACAAUAUUCUUGUGUCUGCCAAUAUUCAAUCAAACAAAGCGCAACAGCUAUUGACAUCCAAAAAUUAUCUAUAAACUCCGAUGAAAACGAAGUUUUAAUUCUUCCCUUUACUGUUUUUAAAGUAGUCUCAAUUAAAUGGAAUGAUCUGGAGAAACCUGAAACAAAAAUUUCAAUUGAGAUUGAAUUAGAAGAAUGUGAUGAUCCUAAUGAUCAUCGUAUAGCACCAGUUUCAACUAAGAUUGAAUUAGAAGAAUGCGAUGAUCCUGAUGAUCAUCCCAAACAAUUAGAAAAAAUUAAAAAAAUCAAACGAUUCAAGUAUUGCAGCAUCAAGGGAUUAUUAUUACAAUUAGUUUUGCUUUUUCUUUUAAUUAUAACAAUUUUUAUUGUUUUCAAAAACACCAAACGCUUCAAUAAAACUGGCACACACGGGACAACAUCUAUCCCUCAAUUAUUACAAGCACCGACUUGUAAGGAUGGUAUGAAGAACCUAGAUGAAACCGACGUCGAUUGCGGUGGUGAAACUUGCAAGCGAAAAUGUUCACCUCAGCAAGGUUGUGACUCAAACUCAGACUGUACAAGUAACAACUGUAAUACAACAACGAAGAAAUGUCUAACACCGACUUGUACGGAUGGUGUGAAGAAUCAAGAUGAAAUCGAUGUCGAUUGUGGUGGUACAGUUUGCGCGUCAAAAUGUUUACCUCAGGAAGGUUGUAGGUCAAGCUCAGACUGUACAAGUAACAACUGUGAUAUAACAACGAAGAAAUGUCAAACACCGACUUGUACGGAUGGUGUUAAGAAUCAAGAUGAAACCGAUGUUGAUUGUGGUGGUGCAACUUGCUCGAAAAAAUGUUUAUAUCAGCAAGGUUGUAGGUCAAGCGCAGACUGUGCAUGUAGCAAAUGUGAUACAACAACGAAGAAAUGUCUAAAAUCAAAAUUCAAUAAAUGGAAACAAAAUGCUAUCACUGUGGCUGGUGGAAAUGGAGAAGGACAAGAAUUAAAUCAACUCAAUGAGCCUCAUGGAAUCUUUAUUGAUAAAAACAAAAAUAUUUUUAUUGCUGAUCGUUGGAAUCAUCGUAUUGUUGAAUGGAAAUAUAAUGCAAAAAAAGGACAGAUCAUUGCAGGUGGAAAUGGCAAAGGAAAUCAAAUGAAUCAAUUGAAUAAUCCAACAAAUGCGAUAGUUGAUCAACAAAAUCAUUCGAUCAUCAUUGCUGAUCAUGGAAACAGACGGGUGAUUCAAUGGUUAAAUCAAAAUCAACAAAUUCUCAUUGAAAAUAUUUACUGUUUGGACUUGGUAAUGGAUAAACAUGGAUUUCUUUAUGUUUCUGAUUUUAAGAAGAAUGAAGUGAGACGAUGGAAAAUCGGAGAAUACAACAAUGACGGAAUUGUAGUGGCAGGUCCAGAUGUCGAAGAAGAUGAAUUCGAUCAUCUCAAUUCUCUAGGUUCGUUCUUUGUUGAUGAAGAUCAAUCUGUUUAUGUAUCAGAUGAUGACAUUAAUCGUGUAAUUAAAUGGAGAAAAGAUGCAAAAGAAGGAAGAGUUGUGGCUGGAGGAAAUAGUGAUGGAGAAAAUCUCAAUCAAUUGUAUUCACCUCAAGGAGUAAUUGUUGAUGAUUUAGGUCAAAUCUAUGUGGCAGAUUCUGGAAAUCAUCGAGUAAUGCGUUGGUGUGAAGGAAAAAAAGAAGGUGAAAUUGUUGUUGGUGGAAAUGGUCAAGGAAAUCAAUCAAAUCAAUUGAAUUAUCCCAUAGGUUUAUCUUUUGAUGAUGAAGGAAAUCUUUAUGUUGUUGACUAUAAUAAUCAUCGAAUUCAAAAAUUUAAAAUAAUUUUGUGA